AUGCGUUUUAUUCCAAUUCUUCUUAUUGCUGUUUUGGCCUUCAUUGCCAUCAUCGAAGGCUGUCUCGAGGGAGAUUGUGAGCAUCCAGAAAGAAAUGAAGAGCCAAGAGAUGACGGAGGAAAAUUUUUCAACUUCAACGGUGACAACAACAAGGCUGGAUUUGUUUCGGAGGUCACAGGCGUUCCAAACUACAAGGAAUGCAAAUCUGAUCAAGAUUGUCGCUACGAGUUCAACGGGAAGUUAAUCGCUGCAUCGACGGCAAAUGCAACAAUUAUACCCCACCGUACUAAAAUUGGUCGUCCAUUCCGAAAUCAAAUGUUCAUUGGGAUAAUGUUCAAUUUUCUCUGCAUAAAUCAUUUCAAAGCAACUUUUCGCUUUGUAGUUUUCUGA